GCAGAGCAGCAUCAACAGUUAAUAGCAAUGGACUAUGGGAGUCUGGGACGCCCCCCAUUUUCCCCAAUUUUUAAACCCUAAUCCAGUUUGUUCGAAUUAUUCCCGUACCCUAACCCUAAAAAUUAGGGGUUGUGAAAAAUUCGAUCGACCGAGCUCAACAGUUUUAUCCGUUUUGAAUUAGUUGUGCGCAGCCAUAAUUGUUGUUUCUUAUAAAAUUUCUCUCCUUAUUUUAGUUCAAAAUAUAAAAUACAGAGAAACAAUAUAAACUCUUCAGCAACAGCAAGGAGAGAAGAAUGGAAGUGAUGAAUUAUCAUCAUCAUCAUCCCCCAAUUCUAUCUCUACUGCAUUUAAGUCCACCCCAUCCUCCCCUUCUUCCCCAAUUUGCUUCAGUUUUCAAGAAUAGGCCAAUUUCACCAACAAUACUCAAAUCCAGUUUCUUGGUUAGUAGUACUAGGAGACUGUCUUCUUGUCUUAAGUGCUUUUGUGUCAGCAAUCAAAAUGACAACUCCAAUAAACCCUCUCAGGGGUUCUCAGUUCUUUUUUCCUUUUUUUUUUGUCAGGAGGGGUUCUCAGUUCUUGAAUCAGACAUACAAUGUGAUAUUGGGAGUCUGUGGAGCACUAUGGGUUUGUAUAUGUUCAGCUUCCACAUUCCUUUGAGUUUUGGAGGAUUGUCGAUCGUUUCCCAACUAUUGCAUACAUCUUCGCUUGAUAACCAAACUCAGGCAAUAUCAGUACUUCUAUUACAAACGCUGGAGCUUGCUGUGGUUUCACUUUUACUGAGGUUCUCUGCUAAGCCUCCAUAUAAGAUUUUCAGCAACGUUGAAGUUGAUAAAAUGACAAAUGAAAGGAACUGGUUGCUGGCAUCAGUCUUUGGCUUUGGGUUUCUUGUGUUCCUGGUGUUCGUCACGUCAUUGCUUGCUGACAGUUUGAUAGGUCCCAAGGAUGUUAACAACCCUGUACUGAAGGAAAUUUUAUUGAGUGGUCCCAUCUCCUUAACUGCAUGCUCUUUAGUCUACUGCAUUAUCACUCCGUUUCUGGAGGAAACUGUGUACAGAGGGUUUCUACUGAAAUACCUGGCAUCCACAAUGGAAUGGCCACAAGCACUUCUUGUAAGCUCUGCUAUUUUCAGCGCAGCUCACUUAUCUAGCGAAAAUUUUCUCCAACUAUUCAUUGUAGGCUUAGUCUUAGGCUGCUCUUAUUGUUGGACUGGAAAGUUAAGCUCUUCCAUUGCCAUUCAUUCUAUGUAUAAUGCCCUCACUUUAUUUAUAACAUUUACCUCAUGAACACUUAUUAAGUUGUCCUUGGCUGCUCUUGUCAUUAUUCAUUACAAUUUAUGUGCUUGAAUUACCGUAAUUAAUUUCUAGAAACUUCAAGAUUUGCAGUUCAAGUAUCUUGGCAUACCUGGAAUGCCAGUUCUGUGGAUUGGAGUUUGUGCAGUUGCACUCGUGUGAAUCUUUACUGUUAGAAAGUACUAUCAAUCUGGCAUGAUGGGAUUUCAAAAUCUUUUAUAGUUCCUCAUCAGUAAUUUUUUUUACAAAAACCUAGUUCUAAUUUGAGGGAAGAAUUGAUGAUGAAAUAUUUUGCGAAUGUAAUAGAGCAAGUGCAUACUUCUGUUGAGCUUACAAAAGAGAAGGAAAGCACGGUGUUCUUUGUGUAAUGUGUCUAAGACCAAAUUUAAUUGGUGUAAAUUCUUUCAUGAUUCAUCUGUCCAAGCUCAUACUUCAAGUUCAAGUCUUUUACAAAUUGAUGCAAGUGACUUGAAUAAGUUAUCUUGUGAUUGUUCCUCAUAUCGCAAAUAAAAAACCUAGGUGUUGUGGCUUGAGUCUCUCAAUAGGUCUGAUUCAGAAUGGGAAAGGAAAUGAGGAUGUGGUCAUUCCCAUUGUCUUGCACAAAGACGAAAUUUGUGAAUAAACAUAAGGUUUAUUGGUAUCACUAAAAUUGCUGCUGUGUGAAUCAUAUUUUGAUUUGAAAGACACUAGUGAGACUUUAAAGCAGUCAAAAUGAUCCUUCUGGUGAAGAAAAUCUGUCUUCAAGUAGUUUCAAUAUGAAAGUGACUUUAGGAAGAUAUGAUGAUCAGCUUCUGGAUUCACUGAGUUAUGUUGAGCUAGAUUCUUCAACGAACUGAGAGCAGCAGGUAGCUGCAAAAAGAAUGUUUGGCAUCUGCCAACACAAGGUGCUCCCUGGUUAAGAUGCGAUGAUUUUUCUGAACAUGCAGAUAUGUAGACAGAUGUGUAGUAGCAGAGACUUUUCUGAACACAAAGAUGUGGAGAUAGGUUGAAGUGAAAAAAGGACUGCUGAAAAAUGGUGGAAAAAAGAUGUUCAUUGUUUUGUGCAGAAUGCUGGGGAACGAGUAUGGAUUCAUGUGGAUGAACCGUAGAGUCCGCCUGUUUCUGUUACUCUUACUGAUGUUUUCAAUUUACACUUUACCCAUUCUAUAUAUCUGUUUGCUUGUGUUAUUUCUUAAAAUUCAAGUUUUCCUACAAACACAUAUCUGUAGGCCUCACAAGUUUUUUAUAUUUAGCUUUUGUAUGUUUCAAGUUUUUCUGCCUUCUUUCAGAUGUUCGAAUGUAAUUAAAAUGGAUUUUCAGAUGCAUGGGGAGCAAAUAAAAAGCGCUGAAGAGUUGAAGAACUGCUCAGCAGGCUUUAGGUUUCCCAUCCUAGCAAAAGAAGCAAUUCAGUCCUAAGCCAAUUAUUCACGUUCCCGUGUCACGAGGUUGAUGCAUAUCUGAGAAUAUCAUAAGAGGAAGAUUAAGAGGCUUUAGGCUUACCAGUGUGUAGACUGAACAAUGGCUUGCCGGCUGGAUCAUGAGUUAGAAGGAGCUCUCGCACGACCUGUUUUUGAUGAAUCAGGAGGUCGGCUGAGAUCGAGUGAGCUUUUCGCAAUGCUACCAAAGGGUGUUCCAGUUCCCCCAGCUGGACCUAGUCCAGGCAUCAACUGAUACUUCAAUCAACUCCGUCUUCAACAGCAGAAAAUACAAUUUCAUUUGUUUGUUAUAAACUUUUCGUUUGUUUGUUAUAUGUAGCUACAGUUUGAAGCAGCAUUGUGGCUGGAAUUAUUUUUUUAUUUUUUUAGGAUGAUGAUGACUUAUGUAUUCUUUUAUCAACUGCAGUGUGCAGAGUUUAAGCAGAUCGCUACCUACAUUCUACUGUAAACCAUGUUCGUUAAAUUUCAAACCUGGAGUUGAUCUGAAA